GCAUAAAGCCAAACGUGGAUUUCAAAAAAGGUCCCUAAGGGGCUUUCGUUAAGUGCAAAAUCAGUGCAGAGGUCCCUCGCUCCUCUCACGUACUCUUAUCCCAAGUGGUGGUGGCGGUGGGGAGCGCUUGGGUAGCACUCGAGCUCUGUUGUUCCUCCUCCGCAAAGUGGAGGUGGUGUGGCCCGAGGCUUUGCGAGAUAGCGUCCACCGCGGAGUUCAAGUCUAGGUCCGCCAGCGCUGAGCCCCCUGAGGGAGGAGGUGGCGGGCUCAGGGAGUCCCUCCUUCGGGGGCGGGGCCAAGGGCUGCUUCGCUGCCCAGCCCUGCAGAGCGGAGGUCUGCAGGCUCCAGUUUAGUAAAGCGCAGGCAAACCCGGCCAGAAGCCACCGCAUUUAUCAGCAGAUCUUACGAUUGUUUGGUAAAGGCUCUGCGGGUCUACACAGGUCACGUCCCUCGGAACUCCGAGACUCCACGUCGGAGCCAGCCCUCGGCCCCCCUGCAGUCGGACGGUUACAGCCGCGGGAGACCUGGAGGCGGUGGCAGCGGCCCAGGAACUAGCAGCAGCGCCCGGGAAAGAAGCAGGAAGAGAAGAGUAUUGUCUCCUAGGAAUCCAGCCCUGGAGAAACGAGGAAAAUUCUUCCCAGGAUGGUCUCCCAUUCAGAGUUGAGGAAACUUUUCUGUUCAGCUGAUGCAGUGUGCUUUGACGUUGACAGCACAGUCAUCAGAGAAGAAGGAAUUGAUGAGCUGGCCAAAUUCUGUGGCGUUGAGGAUGCUGUGUCAGAAAUGACACGGCGAGCCAUGGGCGGGGCAGUGCCUUUCAAGGCUGCCCUCACAGAGCGCUUAGCUCUGAUCCAGCCCUCCAGAGAACAGGUGCAAAGGCUCAUAGCAGAGCACCCACCGCACCUGACCCCUGGCAUAAGGGAGCUAGUAAGUCGCCUACAAGAGCGAAAUGUUCAGGUUUUUCUAAUAUCUGGAGGCUUUAGGAGCAUUGUGGAGCAUGUGGCUUCAAAGCUCAACAUCCCAUCAACCAAUGUAUUUGCCAACAGGCUGAAAUUCUACUUUAAUGGUGAAUAUGCAGGUUUUGAUGAGAUGCAGCCAACAGCCGAAUCUGGUGGGAAAGGAAAAGUUAUUAAACUUUUAAAGGAAAAAUUUCAUUUUAAGAAAAUAGUCAUGAUUGGAGAUGGAGCCACAGACAUGGAAGCCUGUCCUCCUGCUGAUGUUUUCAUUGGAUUUGGAGGAAAUGUGAUCAGGCAACAAGUAAAGGACAACUCGGAAUGGUACAUCACUGAUUUUGUAGAGCUUUUGGGAGAACUGGAAGAGUAAGAUCAGUUUUUAUACAAGUUCAUAACAACUUCAGGUUAAUUUUUAAAAGUUAUACAGUUUGAUACUGUUUGCUUCCAAUUGCAUAUUAGGACUUACUAUAUAAAUUUAGUACUGAUUAUCUGUACUUCCAAGUAAACUAUAGUUAGGGCUCAUAGAACAUUGUGGUUCAUUUUUUUUUUUAAACUGUAGUUCUGGUAUUAUUAUGACCAUUUAAUUACCUGGAGAGUUUUAUAAUUUAAAUUCUUUGUGUAUUUUCCUAGCUAUAUUUUAUUUGAAGGCUUUUGAAGGUAGAUAGUAAAUUAAACACCUUCAUUAUUGGAAAUAUGGAUUAGGCAGCUUUAAGUGAAAUUGGUUUUCCCUUUAUAUAUAAAUAAAAGUUUAUCCACAUAUCAGAA